AUGUGCGCACUGAACAAUACAGGUGAUGUGCCCGACGACCUUGAGACACCGGACAUGUAUAAUGUCCCGGAGCGUAUGCACGCGCCCGUUUUAUACCCGCGAGAGAUGACGGGCGUACGGCGCGUGCAUCAACAACACCGUCGCGUCAAUAACACCAAUGCCAAUAUUGACGCAAUCACUGUGGCCUGUCGAAAUCGGAUGCGGGUCGCAAGUGUCACGUCAUUAUCGGUUCGGGGGAUCGACUUUGGGCGGAUAGACAGGUGGGCCCGGGCGGUGUUCAAAUCCGCCGGACUUAAAACAUCGGAUCGAAACGUCCAUCGGUAA